ACAACAUCCGUCAGCCUCUUCAAGUCAUCUUCGAUCAUCAUCUUAUAUAAAAGUCAGGGGAAGCCAUCCGACACGCCCCGAUCAUGUUCACCGGUGCCCGUCACUAGAUCACACUCGUCCUUGUCCCGCCCAACUGCGUCUUGUUGUAGCGUGAGCAUGACUUCUCCGCCGAGUGCCAUGUCGGUCAGUCCGUGGACGGAGGCCUCCUCAGCCUCGGCUUUGACGGCUCAGGAUGAGUUGGCCUUGUUGGACCGGGUGUUGAUGCGCUUGGCCUCGGCUGAUUCGGAUCAAGCCUUGAGCUUGGCCGUGCAAAAGUUCUUGCCACCGUCACUGCUGAAAUUGAGCUCGAGUGCGGAGGGCGUGCGAAAGAAGGUCAUGGAGUUGUUGGUGCACAUCAACAAGCGUGUCAAAAAUAACGCCAACAUUCAAUUGCCCAUGGACACACUCCUCGUCCAAUAUCAGGAUCCGUCGGCCACGUCGUUCGUGACCAAUUUCACCGUGAUUUACAUUAAGAUGGGCUUUCCUCGCGCUCCGCCCGUCCAGCAGGUGCAAUGGGUGGGGCCGCUCUUGGCCGCUCUGGCGGACAAACCCGAGUCCCAUCGAGACUCGCUCCUCUUGAUGUUGAUCCCCGUGUUGGGCGAGAUCAAGGUCUCGGAUGAUCCUGCCCAGCAGAAAACUGCCUUGGGUUUACAUGAGAAGCCGCAAGUGCGGAAAUUGCUUGUCGAUUUCUUGGCCGAUUAUCUCUUGUUGCCCUAUGGGUCUCAUCCGAGUCUGAAACCGGCCGAGGAGCCGGGCCAAGAGCCCAUUCCCUUAGCUGUGCCCGCCGGUUUGAGUGAAGCGUCCUGGAAACGCGUGGCCAGUGAAGCCCUGGUCCCAUCCGAGAUCCUGGAGAAGAACAAAGUGCAGGUGCUGAAGUUUCUGGGCUUAGGCAUCUUUGACGAGGCCGAUAUCGCGUUGCAUUUUGUGAUUGGCUUGGCUGAUACCCGCCAUAGCGUGACAGCUCAGGCGGAUACUAAUAUGCGAAAGCUGGGCAGCUUUUUGGAUUGGAAUGACCCGGGUGUGGUGAGUCGACUGUAUGCCCUCUUCCUGGGCACGUUAAUGAUCAAGGAUAAGCCCCCGAUCAAGCCUGAGCAUCGCCGGAUGCCGGCCAACACGCGGAUCCGACUCAAACUCAUGCCUUUCCUGCUCAAAUCGAGGGAAGCCGCCAUUCAAUUCCCGGCCUGCAUUCAAGUCACCUUUGACCUGCUCUUUGGCACCACCGGCAAUUCCAACCCCAAACUCAAAAUGUCGGCCGUGUCGUUCAUCCACCACAUCAUCUACCAUUGCCCUAGUCAACGCUUGAGCGCCAUGGGGGCCGUUCUUUUGUCGGCCUUGACCCGACUCGUCAACGAGCCCGAGAGCGAGGCCAAACUUCGGGCCUCUUGCUACGUGGCCAUCGGAAAGUUGGGUUUGAAAGUCCCCCAAUUAGUCAACAAGGAUGCCACCAUGAUUCAGACCUUCUUCGAGGCCAUUUCCAAAGAAGAUAAAGAGACCCAAAUGUCGGUGCAAGAAGCCAUGGCCCUAAUGGCCCCAAGUUUCAGACAGAUGGAGAAAUCGAAUCUUAAAUUCGUGGAAGCCCUACUCGCCACUUACAUCGAGAAAGAGGAGCCUCAGGUUCGCUUAGUUUCCGUCCAAUAUGCCGGGGAAGUGUUUCGUUUCGUUCAUGUGCCCUCCCGGUACAUUCUGUUGCUGGGUGCGGGUGAUAUCAAAGAGAAUGUGGUGAAAGAGGCUCGCAAUCACCUCUACCAACCACUGCAUAAAUUCCAUCAGAUGGAGGAAGCCCGCUUUAAACGACCCGGGGAUGUCCAGUUGAACAGCUCGGAAAUCCUGCCUGAAUUUCGACCCAUGCUUCAAUAUGUCAUUGAUAAGGCGGCCAUAAGAAUAAAAACCAAACAGAAAUUCGUAAUCGGUGACAAAGUUCUAGCCUUCAACCCUGUAGUGUAUACUGAAAUGGUCAAGUUCUUGCGCUUGUGUUUGCUGAAUAGUGCGGGGACCAUCCCGCCGCGGGAUUUCUUGUCUCAACCCAGACUCUACGCCCCCAAAAUUUCCAAGUUUGUUGCCAACGAUCACGAGAAAGGGCACAAUCACAUCCUAAAGUUCGUGGACUUUAGUGAAAAGCUGCUAUCGGCUGUGAAGAACUUGGAAAGUGUGCAAAGUCUUCUGCAAAUUGUGGGUUGCACCUUCCCCAUGACGGCACAGAGAUUUGCCGGUAGAGUGGGGUGGAUCAAAGGACUCUUGGAUAACACACGGGAUGAUGUGCGGGAAAAUGUGGCCGAACUCUACGCCAUCAUUGUGGCCGAAUUAGAAGAUGAGCUUUUCGAAAAAGCCAUGGGCGAUCUAACCCGAGGCUUCAAAGAAAAGUCCCUCGAAUAUCAACAUGGCGUGAUUAUGGCACUAGGGUUCAGCUUCGGCCGUCGAUUCCUGCGCUUAAAGGCCCGGAGCGCCCCAACGACGAUUGAUGAGAGAAAUUGGGUUAUCUACGCCAGCAGUGUGCAAUUGAUAUUGGCGCAAUUGGGAACAAACUCGCAUACCCUCAUGACCAUAAGUGCGUGCACCGCCCUGAUCGAAUUGGGACGUUGUGGACCGUUACCACUCGAGGAUGAAGGGAAUGAAGGCAAGGAUAUAAAAAGCAAACUGGCCGUGGUGAAGCGGCUUCUUACUAUUUUGAAGACCGGGAAAAAUUCGAUGAGGGUUCGAGAGCGAGCUGCCUUGGCUCUAGGCUUCCUGUGCGUGGGCGAUCCAAGAUUUCCGUAUCAGCGAUUGAUCCUCGAAGAGUUCCUGGAAUUAGCCUCAGAAGUCAAAGACAUCGAAUUGCACUUCACGAUGGGAGAAGCCAUUGUUUAUGCCGCCUUUGGCAGUCACUCGCCCAGUGCGCGAGAUUAUUGGCUGAUCUCCGAAGAGGAUUUCACUCCGCCUUUGGAUCAAGACAAAUCGCCCGAUGAAUUGGUUACUUGGUUGCUCUCUCAGCUCUGUGGGAAAUAUAUCCAGAGCACCCAUCCUAAUGUCAAGCAGAGCGCUUGUUUGUGGUUGUUGGCGUUGCUUAAACAUGGGGAGACACUCCAAGUCGUCCGUGAUCGAUUGCUCGACAUUCAAAGCGCAUUCAUGACCGUGUUGGGCGAUAACAACGAAAUGAUUCAGGAUGCAGCAUCCAAAGGAUUGGGACUAGUCUACGAUUGUUCAAGUGAGGGCCAAAAAGAGGAAAUGGUGAAAGGGCUCCUACAGACACUCACUGAAGGUAAACGAGAGGUACAGAAAGUGGGCGAAGACACCAAAAUCUUCGAAGAGGGCCAACUCGGUAAGACCCCAACCGGGGGGAACCUCUCCACCUACAAAGAGCUGUGUUCUCUCGCCUCGGACCUGAAUCAACCUGAUUUGGUGUACAAGUUCAUGAACCUGGCCAAUCACAAUGCCAUGUGGAAUUCGAAGAAAGGCGCGGCUUUUGGGUUUUCUAACAUCGCAGCCAAAGCCGGAGAACAGUUGGAACAACAUCUUCCCAAAAUCAUCCCCAAGUUGUAUCGCUACCAAUUUGAUCCAAACCCCAAGAUCCAGGAGUCCAUGACCUCCAUUUGGCAUGCUCUCGUUCCCGAGACCAAUAAGACUGUAGACAAGUAUCUGUCCCAAAUCGUUCGGGAAAUUUCGGAUAAUCUAGAGAACAAAUUGUGGCGGGUUCGUGAGUCAUGUUGCAAUGCAAUUCAAGAUCUCUUGCGAGGUCGAGGCCUAGACGGUGCGAUGGAGCAUUUGCCCAAUCUUUGGCUGCGAACUUUCCGAGUCAUGGAUGAUAUCAAAGAAUCAGUGCGAUUAUCCGCCACCAAAGCAGCCGGCUCUUUGUCAAGGAUUUCCAUCAAGAUGUGCGAUAUCGACCAAGGGGCCAAAGGGGGAGAGGAGGCCGUCAAAGUCGUCAUUCCUCCUCUAUUAGAAAAAGGCCUGACUUCUUCGGUGAGUGAAGUCCGAUCCAUCUCGAUUGCCACGAUCAUGAAGAUCACGAAGAGUGCGGGAGUUCUCCUCAAGCCCCAUCUAAGCAUUCUGAUCCCGGCCUUGUUGCAUGCCACUUCCGAGCUAGAGGGCAAGGAACUGAAUUAUUUGAGUGUCCGAUUGGCCAACGAUGUAUCGGUGCAAGAAAAACUGGACAUGGCUCGAAUUGCCUCGGCCAAGUCUUCGCCCAUGAUGGAUUGUGUCAACCAGGUACUUCAAUACGUGGACACUGAUAUUCUUGAGCAGCUCGUGCCCAAAGUUGUAGACUUGAUCAAAAGCAACACGGGCAUUGGUGCCAAAGGUUGCACGGCCCACUUUGUGGUGGUUCUUUGCCAUCAUUGCCCAUUAGACCUUCAGCCUUACUCCGGCAAAAUAUUGGCGGCGUUUGUAUCUGGCCUGAGCGAUCGGACACCGGCUGUCCGUAAGACCUAUGCCAGUGCUAUCGGUCAUCUGAUGAAAACGGCCAAAGAUAGCUCCAUGGAGAAGCUUUUCGCCAAACUGCGCACUUGGUACAUGGAGAAAACAGACGAGGCCACUCGCUGGGCCGUGGCCUAUACCUACGAGGCCAUCAACCAACAAAAUGCCGACAAGAUGAAGACCCAUGCCGCUCAAGCCUUACCCAUAGUGUUUUUGGCCAUGCACGAAGAGAAGCGGGCCGACAAUGAGAACGAAGAACUGUUGCAGAUCUUUGAGGAAGUCUGGUUGGAUUGUACUCCGGGCACUGAAGCGGGAAUUCGAAUCUACUUGAAGGAAAUCAUGUCCAUCCUGAGUCUGGCCAUUGAGUCCCAGCAAUGGAAAGUCAAGGCGCAGACUGCUAGGGCCAUCAGUACGAUUGCCAAGAAGCUCGGCUCAUCUCUUCCGACUGAGCAAACUCAAGAGUUCUUGAUUCUUUUGCUAAAUGCCCUGUCGGGACGAACCUGGGAUGGAAAAGAGACUCUCUUGGUGGCCUUAGCCGAUGUCUGUGAGAAGAACUCUGAGGCAGCCAAGACCGUCUUCGAUGACCCGAGCAAUGAGAUAACCGUGGAUAAUCUCAUGAGUUGCGUCCUCCGGGAAUGCAAGAAAGAUAAAGUUUUCUAUAAAAUUGUGGCCUUGGAAUCUGCAGGUCGAAUCAUCGAUGCCUUUCAAACUAAACACUUCAAGGAAUUAUACGAUAUCGUGUUCCCGAUCAUCAAAAAAGAAGAUGAAGUUCAAAAGAACGAGAAUGGAGGUGAAUCAGUAGCGGGUCAAAAGAAUGAAGAUCAAGAUAAGGAAAAGGAAGAAAUCCACGAAACCGAGGAAAUGCUGGAAUUACGCCAUGCCAUUUAUGUAUCCAUUGGAUCAGCAUGGCCUUCAGAUCCCGAGUUUCAAUCUCGUCACUUGGUCGAGCUCUUGAUAUCGUGCCGAAAUCGAAUCCAGAGCACCAUUCGCAAGAACAUGUUGGCAAUCGUCAAGUGCUUGAAUUCGGUGAUCGACCGUUGGCAUCAAGGAGACACCCCCGAUAUCCAAGACCAAGUGUUUGUCGAACUCGGCAAGAUCCUCUCUGGCGCCCUGGUGAUCCCCAAAAGCAAACAACUCCGAUGGGAAGCCCUGGAUUUGCUCGAUAAGGGCAUUGCUUUGCUGACGGAACGCAACUGUCCAGAAAUAAAUGGGUCAUUCCGAGAGGAGAUCGCCAAGAGCCUGGAUGAUGUCAUCAAAGACGUGAGUUCAGAUGCCGCCACUAAAACGAAGGCCCGUGAGCUUCGGAAACUCCUCACGGCGAUUGCCCCCGAACCGCCGACCAAGAUGGACGAGACUUAAAACAAUUUGCAUCUUCUUUUCCACCCAAAAAAAGACGUUGUUAUUCAUCCAGUAAUCUUGACUCAUUCAUACCUUGGGUUUCCGUUUAAUGUCUAAUGAAUACAAUAUCAAAUACACGCAUCCUAAGACACUAAAA